UCCAAUCAAAGUUUCAACGCGUUAGCACUUCUGGUAUUCUCCUCUUAAACUUCUUUUCCCUCCAUGGUUUUCUUCUCUCCUGUUCUCAAAUGAGUUCCGGUAAUCCUCCGAUACCAUCGCCACAAUCAACUCCACCAGCCAGUCCAAUCCAACCGGAUCAAACCCUUGAAGCUUCCACAAGCGCUUCUGCCAUCGGAUUUCCGCCGAUCUCGCAUUUACCGUUUGAUCUCUUCGUACGAAAGAGACAUCAAGACCUUAAACGUGGCGAAUUGACGUUCACCGACUCUUCCGGCAAUCUCGUGUUCAAGGUCGACGGCAAAUCCUCCAAAUCCACUCCCCAACCCAGGCGACUCUUGCUCGAUGAUUCAGGAACUCCCAUCUUCUCCAUCUUCCCCUUCGAUGGUAGAUGGCAAGGCUUUAAGGGGGAGAGUGAGAAUUGGAAGGAUCUAGUGUUUAGGGUUGGGAGGACUUACUGCUCGCUUUUGACUACAGAGUUGGAGGUGUUUUUGGUUGAUGAGAAUUGGGGAGACUCAACAUCAGAUUUUAAGAUCAAAGGUAGCCCCUUUCAGAGGUCUUGCACCAUCUAUAAAGGCAAUUCCAUUGUUGCACAGACGAGUCUUCUGUACAAGCUUAAGAAGGUUAUUGUUGGGAGGCGCAUAUUUAAGCUGACAAUAUUCCCUGGAUUCAUUGAUCAUGCUUUGAUUGUGGCUUUGAUUGUAAUAUAUUUUGAUGGGAGAAAAUGACAGGAAACCCAUUUACAUAUUUUUUCAUUUAUGGGUUUAGACUAGGACUUUAUCCCUGUUUCUGGAUAGAAGUUUACAUUGGAUAAGUCAAACCCUUUUGGAGGCACCCUCGCACUGAACUGGUGAUCUAUUGAGAAGGAAAAUCUAAUUAAUAAGAAACAGAUAACAAAAUUUGAUUCUCA